UGAAUUUAAUUUAGAAUUUUGGGUAUCGCUGCAAUGUGAGCUAUACUUAUAGGGUUAUUGUAGUUGUCCAGUGACCAAGGCCAAACAAUAUUGGCCGAAAAAUUUGGACUUGCAUACGCAAUACAAUCCCAGUGAAUUCCGAUAAAGUUUUAUAUCUACAUCCUUCCGGUUUCAACUUGGUUCCGUUUCAAUUUUUCAAAUGUGAAUGCCUCGACUAGUCCAGAACGCGAUGAUGUCGUUAGACGAAAGCUCGUUCUAUAUUUUCGGCCUCAUUUUGUUGAAUAAAAAUACACCUCACUGCCAUGUGAUUGGUCAAUUUCAUCAACAUAUUUAAUUAUUUGAUCAUGGCAAAGCCGACCAUUCAAUACAUCAAGAGUUAUUGCUUUAGUAGUGAGUGCGUUAUAUAUGUGUGUGUUGGUGGUACGGUCUAAGUAGGAAGCGAGCAAAAUUUUCCACUCCGCUGGCACUUGUGUGUCGCGCUGAGCCUGGCUCUCAGCCACAUGUGUAUGAACAUUUGAACUACCAACGUUAUCUGGAUUGUCACUUGUUGGAAACGGGAUUUGAUCGAUGGAAAGAUUGGUGGUGGUGACAUGGGCGGAGCUACGUCCCACGGGACUCGGUCCUGUGUCGACGUCGGCUGUGGUCCGGGAAUCGAGGGGCACAGAGCAUCGAUCCUUCGUUCGAUCAAGAGCAUCGCCAUGGCCGUCCUGAUACGACUGAGUCUCGGCAUUGGCGCCGUCCUGCUGGCAAUCGCCGGCAGUCAGGCCGGCCCAAGCAAGAGGGUCCUCUCUCAGACUCGGAUGGACGUUACCAUCAACAAUGCACCGUUCGUUACGGACGAGGUGGUCGACUCGUUUGAGAUGCUGCAUGUGCGCCAGUGCGAGCCAGAGGGCUUCGACUGGACCAAGGAAGGCCAUCAGGAGCUGAAGGAGAUUCUGGAAGGCUGCGAGAGCAAGGUCAAGGCCGGCGGACUCGGAGCUGACUGUGACGGUGUCGAGUUCAGCGCCCUGUACUUUUUGUGCAUUGCCAACAGCGUGGGCGAGCUUGAUGCUGCCGGAACGUCGUUCGACCUCGACGCCUUCCAGGACAAGACCGAUGGCUACUCGGACGACCCCAAGUGGUCCAUCACCGAGGAGGACAUGUUUACCCACUGCAUCCGUAGGUCAACCGCCGACCUUACGCCUCGCCAGCAGGCUGUCUACGCGUACGCCUGCAUGAAGUGGUGCUUCGCCGUCUCCUGCGACGAUACCCUGAUUGAAGAGCAGCGGCUGGAUAAUGAGGGAAGGCAGCGCAUUGUCUCUUUCCUCAAUGGACACUGCCCGUUGAGCCCCACCGUUAUUGUGGACGCCUUCGGUCAGCUCACCAGCCGUACUUGGGCAGAGUGCACCGAUUCCGUGGCCUCCAUCAGCGACGAUUACGACGCGGCCGUCGGCAGGAUCAGUUGUCUGCUGCAGGACUUCCAGGCGAUGGACGGCACUGUCGACUUUGACAGCCUGAGCAGCGCCAUCAACAGCAUCCCGGGAGAUAGUGACCUGGCGCCCACCCUCAGCUGGAACCUGUUGCUGGACGUCUGCGGACCGAGCGACGCGGCAGCCUCUGUCUCGACCGUGGAGUUCAUUGAAUGCUGGGCUGGCUAUGGCCUCUACUCGUGCGCCUUCAUGGAGGCCAACGCACUGGCACGCCUCUUCCCAUCGACCUGCACUGUCACCCUCUAACUCUACCAGUGCUCACGUCCUUCUGAAACUCUGAUAACACGAUUUCACAGGCUCAGUAGACUGCUUCUCUAAUUCUCGAUCUAAUAAACGUUCUAGCAAGUAAUCUUA